AUGGUCCGACAAGUACUGAGCUGUAUGGAAACAGUGAGAAAGAUACCCCCUAAAUUUCCUUCAUCGGAGCCGUUGGAUACCAAUGUGGUUAAACAUGGUGUUGAUCAGGAAGAAGUCUCUGCAAUUAUCAACAAUGCAGAAUCUUCGUUAUCAACUUCAAAUGGGGAGCUUCUCAAUGAGAAUGCUUCUGAUGUUCAUGUUGAGCACCCUCCUUCAUUUGCUGCCAAAGAUAUUGAGGUUUUCAUUGAAGAUCAUUUAACUGAUGGUGACCAAGAUACUGAAUCCCAAACUGCAGAUGUCCCUUCCAAGACUGAACAAGAGAAGUCACAACAUGUAGUUGCUGAUUCUCAUGUUAACUCUGAAGCUAAGUUAAAAGAAGAUGAUGUUAAAAUUGAAACUCCUGUGAAUCAAAAGAAACUGCAAGAGCAAAAUGCUGGCACUCCUCCAAAAAUGGUCCAGGACCAACUUGAUGAGGCUCAAGGACUGCUUAAAACCACCAAUUCUACUGGUCAAUCAAAAGAGGCAAGACUAGCUCGGGUUUGUGCUGGACUUUCAUCCCGUCUUCAAGAGUACAAAUCUGAGAAUGCACAACUUGAGGAGCUUCUAAUUGCUGAGAGGGAGCAGAGUAAAUCAUAUGAAACUCGUAUAAAACAGCUGCAGCAAGAUUUAUCUGUAUCUAAGAGUGAAGUAACGAGGAUAGAGUCAAAUAUGGUUGAGGCUUUGGCAGCAAAGAACUCUGAGAUAGAGGCACUUGUCAAUUCCAUGGAUGCACUUAAGAAACAAGCUGCUUUAUCUGAAGGAAAUCUGGCUUCACUUCAGGCAAACAUGGAGUCUAUCAUGAGAAACAGGGAAUUAACAGAUGAUGCAGGUAGAGCCCUACGAGAAGAGCUGUCUUCUGCAGAGAGGAGAGAAGAAGAAGAACGUGCAGCACAUAAUGCUACCAAAAUGGCUGCCAUGGAAAGGGAAGUGGAAUUGGAAAAUCGAGCUGUUGAGGCUUCCACAGCUCUUGCUAGGAUCCAGAGGGUUGCCGAUGAGAGGACAGCAAAAGCUGCAGAACUUGAGCAGAAGGUGGCACUUCUUGAGGUUGAAUACACAUCUCUAAAACAAGAAUUGCAAGAUAUGGAAGCUCGUGCUCAUCGUGCAAAGAAGGCCCCAGAAGAAGCAAAUCAAAUGGUUCAGGUAAAUCAUGAAGAGGAUGAAGUGGAGCGUGCACGCCAAGGUCAAAGAGAUGCUGAGAGCAAGCUCUCUUCAUUAGAGCCAAUGCAGAAAGUGAGGGUUAAAAUGGCUGCCAUGAAGAGGGAUGCUGAGCAUUAUUCACGUCAGGAACAUAUGGAACUAGAGAAACGCUAUCGUGAACUGACUGACCUCUUGUACUACAAGCAAACACAGUUAGAAACUAUGGCGAGUGAAAAAGCUGCUGCUGAGUUCCAGUUGGAGAAGGAAAUAAAGCGUCUUCAAGAAGCACAGGUUGAAGUAGAAAGAAGUAGAGUUCCUCGUCGUGCAUCGUCUUCGUGGGAGGAAGACAUUGAAAUCAAAGCACUUGAGCCUCUUCCUGUGCAUCACCGUCAUGUGGCUGCAGCAAGCAUACAGUUACAGAAGGCUGUAAAAUUACUGGAUUCAGGAGCUGUCAGGGCCACCAGAUUUCUAUGGCGAUAUCCGAAGGCUCGAAUUAUCUUGCUAUGCUAUCUUGUUUUACUUUUACGAUAA